CGUAAACGGAAGCGGAAAUUUCCGCUAGGCUCUGGAAAAGCCUCUCAUCUUCUCUCCUCUCCAUUCUCCAAGAAGAUUUCCCCCUACAUUUAUGAUUUAUAUGCCAUAAAGUUGCCAUAGAUUUGCUCAUGGACUGAAGUGCUGGUCAAUUGAGAAAUUCAGUGAAGAGCCAUUUCAACAUCUUUAAUUAGCAGGUCUAGGACAAAACUGCCAUCAUGACUCACUCAAUGCUGCGACGACAACUGAAAAACCUUGUUCAGAACUUCUCUGAAGCAGAGGUCAAGGUUCGAGAAGCGACCUCUAAUGACCCCUGGGGGCCGUCCAGCUCUCAGAUGGCCGACAUCUCGGACCUGACCUACAAUGUGGUGGCCUGCAAUGAGAUUUUAGCCAUGCUUUGGAAACGUCUCAAUGAUGACAAGAACUGGAGGCAUGUGUACAAGGCUUUAACACUACUUGAGUAUCUAUUGAAAACUGGCUCCGACCGAGUCCCUCAGCAGAGUGUGGAGAACAUCCACAUUAUCAAAGCUCUAUCAGAGUAUCGCUUUACAGACAAGGAUGGAAAAGACCAGGGGGUGAAUGUGAGAGAGAAGGCUAAAAUAGUGAUGGUGCUGAUCGAGGAUGAGGAGAAGCGGAAAGAGGAGAGAGACUUUGCUAUGAAGACAAAAGACAAGCUGACGAAGGCUCCCAAUGUCUCCUCAGCUACGGCACCAGAGAAGGAAAAGCCAGAGAUUCCACCAUAUACAGGGCUGCCCUCCCUGGACAACAUCCCAUCAGUAGCAGACUUGACCGCUGAGAUGGCCAAGAAAAAAGAAGAACAGAAACGCCUGGAGGCGGAGAAGAAAGAAGCAGAAAGACGGGCGAAGGAGGGAGACACGGAGCCAGAUCUCUGGGAAAAAGCAGCGACAGCACAGCCUCCGUCUGGCUCAGACCCCUGGGGAGCCCCAUCUGAACCAUCCAACGAAUCUGCGACCAACGACCCAUGGGGAGCUCCAUCCGUUGAGGCGAAGGAAUCCAGCCCGGCUACCAAUGAUCCUUGGGGAGGAUCUGCUGACGGGACAAACGGAUCCGCACCACCAUCCAAUGAUCCAUGGGGAGGAUCUGCUGAUAACGGUUCUCCACCGGUCUCCAGUGAUCCUUGGGGAGAAUCUACAAAUACAGAGAAGAGUUCUCCACCUGCUGCUGGCGACCCGUGGGGUGACUCUGCUGGGGUACUAGAGGAAAAAGCCCCAGUGAAAAAUGACCCAUGGGGAGCUUCAGCCGAAUCGCCGAAAGACUCUGACGGGCAGACAUCCGAUCCUUGGGGGGCAUCAGCAGACAGUGUGCAGGAUUCAGCACCGGCGGCCUCUGACCCUUGGGGGGCGCCAAUGGAGGCUUCACCUACUGCGUCUGAUCCAUUUGGCAACACUUCAAAAGCGGAUAAUGACCCUUGGGGAACAGCAGCAACUUCUCCUCCCAUUGCGAAUGACCCAUGGGGAGCCCCAUCAGUACCAGCUGAUGCCAUGACCAAUAAUGACCCUUUUGGAGAUGGAGGCAAAUCAGACCCCUGGGGGGUUUCCUCUGAGAACGGUAACAACGCAACAAAACCUGCUGAAGAGACUAAAAAGUCCUCCUUCCUCGGAGACGGUGCUUCAUUGGUGGACUUGGACUCUCUUAUGUCAGUCAAGCCCAAACCCAAACAGCCUCCUCUCAGCGCCAUCCCAACCCAAAAAGCCCCUGUUUCAUCCUUCCCAGGUUAUUUGCCAGCCACAUGCAUGAUCCCACCACUGGGCGCCAAUAUAUCCAGUGCAGGCGCUUCUUCUGCACAGCCUUCAAACUGCAGUUAUUUCGGUUUUAACACCAUGGCAUCCAGCUCCGGUGGCCUGUUGCCCAUAAACACAGAUUUCGGGAUGCCGGUCACCAAUAUGGCAACCCAGAAUGCAAGUCUCUCAGUGCCUAACAUUGGUCUUUCCAUGGCUAAUCCUCAUAUGGCGACUAGCAUGCUUCAACCCAGCACUGGUGGCACUUUUAUUGGUGAGUUUUCUUCCCUGUCCCUCACAGGAACGCCUGUUACCCAACAAGCUCCAGUUUCUCAUCAGUCUUCAUUGGUUUGGGGCACUGGAACCGGGGCAGCCGGGAAAGGAAAUAAAAUUUUUUGAGUUUUCCAUUUUAGUCAUCCCUAGCUCCAUUUUCGACCCCGUUCAUUAGUACUAAAUGAUUUUGUGUGUGGGUGUGUGAGUGUAAAUGUGUGAAAAGUAUUUAAAUAUUAUUGAGCAACAAUAUACUGUUCGUCUUAUGUUUUUGGGACAAAAAGCAUGCAUUUCCUGGCCUUUCCAACAUGAUGGAGUGACUGAUGGAUUUAUUUAUUUAUUUAUUUAUAAUUUCUAGUAUGUUUUAGAAACCAUAAAGAUCUCAUUCUUGAAGGAUUUAGGAAAUAUCUGCUGGAUCAAUAGUGUAGAUUUGAAUAAACUAACAAUCAAAUGUUUGUGGUCUGUAAGAUUGAACGAUUGAUUGGAAAUCAAUAAUUAUUUGAUCAAAAGUGGCAAUAAGGAUAUGUAAAUUUGUCUAAGUAUGUUGAUAACAACCAAAGA